GCAGCGCGGAGUCCCGGGCCGGGACACAAAAUGGCGGCAGCGGCGCUGGGGAGGGCGAGGCGGAGGCGGCAAAACGGGCGGUCGAGCAGAACGUGUAGUCGCGUCCCCUCGAGUCCGCUCCGCGCAGCUGCUGACCGAAGGAGUCCCCAGGGGGCCCGUCCACUCCACUGCUGACCAGCCCAGUCACCUGUGCUGAGCCCACCUGAAGGCCUCAUUGCCACCUGUGUGGGACCCUGUGACGGGGGGACCGACUGGCCAGAGAAGAAAACCCUCUCAUGCUAGCGUUGCAGACCCCAGAGGGUCCCUUGUGGGUGCUGAGAUGGCCAAUGAGAAUCAUGGCAGCCCCCGGGAGGAAGCGUCUUUGCUGAGUCACUCCCCAGGGACCUCCAAUCAGAGCCAACCCUGCUCUCCAAAGCCUGCCCGCCUGCCGCAGGACCUCCCAGAGGAGCUGGUGCAUGCUGGCUGGGAGAAGUGCUGGAGCAGGAGGGAGAACCGGCCCUACUACUUCAACCGAUUCACCAACCAGUCCCUGUGGGAGAUGCCUGUGCUGGGCCAGCACGAUGUGAUUUCGGACCCUUUGGGGCUGAAUGCGACCCCAUUGCCCCAAGACUCAACCCUGGUGGAAAAUCCCCCGGCUGAGAACAAGCCCCGAAAGAGGCAGCUCUCAGAAGAGCAGCCGAGCGGCAAUGGUGUGAAGAAGCCCAAGAUUGAAAUCUCUGUGACAGCCACGGGCCAGUCUGUGCCCAGCUCACCUAGUGUCCCAGGAACCCCAAUUCUGAAGAUGUGGGGCGCAUCCCCUGAAGAUAAGCAGCAGGCAGCUCUCCUCCGGCCCACCGAGGUGUACUGGGACCUGGACAUCCAGACCAACGCUGUCAUCAAGCACCGGGGGCCUUCGGAGGUGCUGCCCCCACACCCCGAGGUGGAGCUGCUCCGCUCCCAGCUCAUCCUGAAGCUCCGGCAGCACUACCGGGAGCUGUGCCAGCAGCGGGAGGGCAUUGAACCUCCCCGGGAGUCUUUCAACCGCUGGAUGCUGGAGCGCAAGGUGGUGGACAAAGGCUCAGACCCCCUGUUGCCCAGCAACUGCGAACCAGUCGUGUCGCCUUCCAUGUUUCGAGAAAUCAUGAAUGACAUUCCCAUCAGGUUAUCGCGAAUCAAGUUCCGGGAGGAAGCCAAGCGCCUGCUCUUUAAGUACGCUGAGGCUGCCAGGCGGCUCAUCGAGUCCAGGAGUGCAUCCCCAGACAGCAGGAAGGUGGUCAAGUGGAACGUGGAAGACACCUUCAGCUGGCUGCGGAAAGACCACUCGGCCUCCAAGGAGGACUACAUGGACCGGCUCGAGCACCUGCGGAAGCAGUGUGGCCCUCAUGUCUCGGCUGCAGCCAAGGACUCCGUGGAAGGCAUCUGCAGCAAGAUCUACCACAUCUCCCUGGAGUAUGUCAAACGGAUACGUGAGAAGCACCUUGCUGUGCUCAAGGAAAACAACAUCUCAGAGGAGGUGGAGGCCUCUGAGGUAGAGCCUCGCCUCGUGUACUGCUACCCGGUCCGACUGGCUGUGUCUGCGCCCCCCAUGCCCAGCGUGGAGAUGCACAUGGAGAACAACGUGGUCUGCAUUCGUUAUAAGGGCGAGAUGGUCAAGGUCAGCCGCAACUACUUCAGCAAGCUGUGGCUCCUUUAUCGCUAUAGCUGCAUCGACGACUCUGCCUUUGAGAAGUUCCUGCCUCGAGUCUGGUGUCUCUUGCGGCGGUACCAGAUGAUGUUUGGUGUGGGCCUCUACGAGGGGACGGGCCUGCAGGGCUCCCUGCCCGUGCACGUCUUUGAGGCCCUCCACCGGCUCUUUGGUGUCAGCUUCGAGUGCUUCGCCUCACCCCUCAACUGCUACUUUCGCCAGUACUGCUCUGCCUUCCCCGACACAGAUGGUUACUUCGGCUCCCGAGGACCCUGCCUUGAUUUUUCCCCGAUGAGCGGCUCCUUCGAGGCCAACCCACCAUUCUGCGAGGAGCUCAUGGACGCUAUGGUGUCUCACUUUGAGAAACUGCUUGAGAGCUCCCUGGAGCCCCUGUCCUUCAUCGUGUUCAUCCCCGAGUGGCGGGAGCCCCCGACGCCUGCGCUCACCCGCAUGGAGCAGAGCCGCUUCAAACGCCACCAGCUGAUUCUGCCCGCCUUUGAGCACGAGUACCGGAGUGGCUCCCAGCACAUCUGCAAGAAGGAGGAAAUGCACUACAAGGCGGUCCACAACACAGCCGUGCUCUUCCUGCAGAACGAGCCGGGCUUCGCCAAGUGGGGCCCGACGCCCGAGCGGCUGCAGGAGCUGAGCGCCGCCUACCGGCAGUCAGGCCGCAACCACAGCUCCAGCUCCUCUUCAUCGUCCUCGGAGGCCAAGGACAGGGACUCGGGCCGGGAGCAGGGGCCCAGCCGUGACCCUCACCCCACUUAG